AUGUCAGCCCGGAAUGCCAGCUGGCUGACACCGCAGAAUGAACCUCCUUCUUUCGGCAUUGUGGCCGCGAGGCCCACUCCCCGAGAUCUGCUGUAUGUUUCCUCCUUCACUUCCGCUUGCAGGAGGAGCAUUGUGGCGAUCACGUUCCACAUCUGGCGGGCGUGUAGCCGUCACCACGGUCAGAUGCGACGACGACUCGUCAUCAAGGAGUGGUUCAACUCGAGCGGAAGGAUUCUCUACAGAUGCUUCUCAGCAUGGGCCGUCCUGAUCUUUUGCACGGAAGGCGGGCACCGGGUUUCCACCCAGCAGCCGGGGGCCAAGGAGUCCAGGGCAUCGCUGUGGGACGACGGUUUCUGGACCCGGACGACGGCACUUCUCAAUGCCAUGGGCCUGCACACCAAGCUUCUCGUGCUGCGGGAGGUUUUCCAAGGCUGGUCAUUUCUUCUACUCUGGCGAAAGCAGCACUGCUGGCAUCAGAAGCUGCGAGAGGAAGAGCGCGAGGUGCAGACUGCAUGGCUGGAAAUGCAGGAGGCUCAGGUGGAGCAGCAGAUAGAAGAGCAGCAACUUCAACAGCGUAUAGUCGACCUGGAGACUGUCCUUCAAGCCCGCCAUGACUGGAUGGCAGGGUAUGAGGAGCAGCAGGCAGAUCGCUUCAUCCGGCUCCGACGUCAUUGCUUGUUAACAGCCUGCAUCUCCGGCCAGCAAUUGUCGAAGAUGUGGGUCUGGUCCCUCUGGCGCUUCGCACUUCUUCCUCGCAGCCGCCUGCUCCAUUUGGCACAACGUCUGGAGUCCAGAUACCGCGCCAUGGCUCUUCUGGAUGCUUGGGCUGCUUGGGUGGCACUGCAGCACCGCCGGCAUCGAACCCAGGGCAGGCUUCAAGAAAUGGCCGACCACUCACGGACGUGGGCUUCAAACCUUCUACACAGCCGCCUUUGGCAGGAGCGCACGCGGGUGCUUUGGUCCGUGGUUUCUGCCUGGCGGUUCUUUACCGACUUCCGUGUCGCGCUGGGCAAAGAUGCCGCUUUCCGAGUGGGCCUCCGUGGGGAAAGCUUCCUCCCAGUCGCAAAGGAGUCAUCACCCGGACCUCUCCGGCUUGAUCCAGGGCCCAUCGAGGGUCUUGAGGACUUGCUGGAGGAUGCAAACAGCGUGAUGCAGGAGUCCUUGCUAUUGCCAUGGAAGCCUUUCCUGUCUGCUGUGAUGCAGCUGUGGCGCGCAGCAGCACGAACUGCUUCACCAACCAGGUCUUUCGUCCCGCACAGCAGGCAGCGGCAGACUGGCAUGCAUAAUCGCGCCGAGAGAUCGGGCAAGCUUGUGCAGCGCUUGCUGCAACAGAUUGAUCGAGCUCUUUUGGUUGUGGUAGUCUGCGCCUGGAAGCUCCAGGUGGCACCGAAGGCUGCGAUCCCUCCGUUUCGAAGGGAGGACAAGCUAGCUCGGCUCCGAAAGGAGCAGACGGAAAAGCAACAGAGGUGGAAUGCCUAUCAGCAGGCCAUGAAGUUGGCAUACAACAAAGAACCGAAGCGACGCGAGAGAGACGUGUUGAGGAUGAAGUCAGAGAUCCAGACUGCCAUCACGGAUGUUCGGGCUAUGGAACUCGACAGCACAGCUUGGGAAGCUCUCAUACAAGAGGAGCAGGAAGCCGACACCACGGGCGACAUGGAUGAGGAACUUCGAGCCAAUCUGGAUGCUCGUGCAAGGCUUCAUGCGAAAAGGGAUGCCCUGUUAGCAGAGCAGGCCCAACUCCAACAAGCUCAGCAGGAGGCCGAUCGCGCGCAUACAGAAGCUUUGCAACAGGAGGCCCAGAAGGCAGCCAGGCAAGCAGCGAUGGCAGCUGCGCAGGCAGCUGGAGCCGUUGCCGGCCAGAAUGCCAAGGAACCCAUGCAGAUCAUAGCCGACGACGAGGAGGAGCAAAAUGCGGCGGAGCCACCCGGCGGUUUCGUGGAAUACGAGUACUGA